UAUUCCUUGUUCAGCCUGAAAAUAUCUGUACGAUCCUUUUCGUGAGAAUCAAGAUUUACGACCGAGGAUUCGAAGCCACCUUUGCUUCGCCUCGUCCUUCUCCUUCCGCAGCGGCCGACGCCCUCAUUCUUGCACGCCGAUGUCUACAUUCCUCGAUGCCUACAACGCCCUCUCGCCCUCCUCACCGCGGUCCGAUGUGUCCUCCGUCUUGCAGUCAAUAACUGAUGCAUUCUCGUCCCAGAUUGAUGCCUCCCAUCGCAAGCAACUCGUUCAAACGAUCAUUGAUGACCUCACGAAAUGUGGCAAUGGGAACGGCAAAAAGGGCAGAUUGUGUUCGAAAGAUGCGUAUCCCGCGCUUGCUGCUGUGAAGGCGCUCGGCAAGGACCCUGCCGGCUCGGAGAUCAUCGCUACGCCUGCCAAUCUCUCUGCACUUCUCUCUCUAUCGCAAUCAUUCAAAGAUAAUGCAGACGCUUCGAACGAAGCACUGAGAUGCAUAGCUAAUGCUCUGCUGCUUAUCAGCAAUGCACGCGAGACAUUCAUUCAGAAGUCGAUUGGCGGUGGAGAGGCUGCAUUGGAGAUGCUUGAGAAGUCCACAAAUCCGGAACGUAUAUUUCUUGCAUCCCGAAUUCUCUUCCUUUGCACAGCAUCCCUGGCCUCUGGAGGGGACUUCAUCAAGAUGCUGGUCGAGAGCAAACCCUCGGGUCAUCCCGGUAACAUCAUUGAGGUUGUCAAUGCCAAGCUAGAUAGUUUGUCAAGAAGUAUUAUGAACGGUGCCAAGUUAUCACGAGAAGCUAUGACCGAUCUACUAAAGCUCACAUUUAAUCUGUUGGCACAUUACCCCAAGAUUGCAAGCGACGCCCAAGAGAUCUCCGCCAAAAGCGAGGGUGAAGCAGAAGUGAUGGGCGACCGCUGGAGCGACCGGCUGGAUGGCUUUCUUCCUCCUCUUCUGCGAACAUUCUUGACCCUUCCCCCGACAUUCCCUUCGCCCCUUUCCGCUCCCACAACACACGUAAUUCAUAAUCUCAUCGCAAUCCCUGUCACUCCCUCCCUACACACCAAGUGGUUCCCUGCCGCCGCGUCACCGCGCUCGUCAAAGGGCCGCGACUCUCCGCUGCCCUCACCUGGCAGUAGCAGCGGAAGCAACAGCGGCUCGCCAACGUUGGGACCCGCGAAAGACGUAAAGCACAGCGCGUUUGACCGCGCCUUCUCCGCGCUCGCGGCAGGACGGCGCUCGCUCUCCCUUACUCGUUCGGGCUCUCCCCAGCUGAGCCCCCCAGCAGAUGUCCUCCUGCGCGCGUACGACCUGCUUGACGUAUCGUUGGCGCAUUAUCUCCCCGGCGCGGUCGACCCAGACGACAGCAGCGUGCGCGAACGGUGCAGGAAGCAGGGUGAGACACUGGAUGACGUCUUGCCUCCGCUUGUGCUGCUGAUCGGGAAGCUCUGCACGGCGGACGAGGGCGCGCGGACGCGAAUGCGCGAGUGGAUCCUCCCGGCGGAUUUGGAUCGAACGUCGCCCUUGGAGGGCAGGGCGGAUAUGCUAGGCCGGUCUUUGCGUUUGCUGGCGUCCGUGCACCAUACGAAGCUCAAGAUGGCCACGGGCGAGAUGCUCUAUGCCGUGUGCGACUCGGAUGCGAGUCUCCUGGCAUCUUACGUCGGCUACGGCAAUGUCGCAGGUUUCCUCUUUCACAAGGGCAUCACAGGCCAGCCGUCGCGUGUCUCCAACUCGACCGUGCCAAGUACGACGCCCUCAGGUGCUCCCAUCAAUCCCAUCACGGGAGUCGUAGAGACGCCAAAACCGGAAAUUGAUAUGACAGACGAGGAAAAGGAACGCGAGGCGGAGAAGCUAUUUGUCCUCUUCGACCGCCUCGAGAAGAGUGGUGCUAUUCAACCCGGUCAGAAUCCCAUCCGCAAGGCGGCGGCGGAGGGCAAGCUGGGAUGAAUGGGAUACUGUGAUGCAGAGAUCAUGCUCGCUUGACCAUUCAUAAUCUUAUUGCCAUGUUCUCACUGGGUACACGCGUUCUUGACGUUACUAAUUGUUGUUUGUUUCUUUUCAUCCGUUUACUGUCGCCGUGACGUCGAAUACCCCGCCGAUUGUCUGUAAUACCGUAUAUGUUCGCUCUAUAAUGUCUCAAUAUAUAUACCAAUGCUCGUCAUCCUCAUUUCUUGAGCGAGAGGAAGCCCCAAAGAGGUAUUCGUACAUUUUG